AUGACUUCACCAUCUGGUGAUGAGAACCAAGCAGAGUCAGCUCGCGAACGUCCAUCACUCCUUCAACCACCCGCGACUAUUGUCUCACCCCCUUCUCCAACCGAUGCCAAGGAUUUCCACCCUCCAACUUUCUCUUUUCCCCCUCAGCCCGCUGGCCCUACGAGUAGUGACACUGAAGAUGUAGUGGAGUACGAUUCACCUGAAGAAGAAGAUGAGGAAGAAUCGACUUCCACUCAACCUACUCCAGCUAGACCUAAUAAUAGAACUAGACCUUCUUAUCAGUCUCUAAGUCCGAAACCCGCUGCUCAACCUCAGAUAUCGACUCAGAUGUCCGACUCACCCAUGAAAGAUUCGACCUUACAGCUACCUGAAUCACCUGAUCCUUCCGCCUCAUCCUCUCGGCCUCCUUCACCCUCGUCCCCUAGAUAUCGACCGAAAGGUUUACACCACAGACGGACCAGUUCGACCCACCGUGUGAGAGAGACUACCGAUGGGACUCAGACAAGUACAGAGGACGGAACCCGGAUGAUUAAUCAGUAUAAGAUAGGUAGGAGUCUGGGUAAAGGUGCAUAUGCAAAGGUCGAGCUGGGUGUGGACGUAGGAACAGGACAGGAAUAUGCUAUCAAAGAAUUCUCGAAAUCUCGAUUACAUUAUCAAGCUCUUCAGGAGAAACAUCGUCAGACGUCUCGUGGAAGGAUCAGGCGUGCUCAAGGUCCAUCUGGAUUACUUAGAGAGACCGCAAUUAGAAGAGCAGGUGAAGAGCAGAUGCCUGAACAGGAGGGGAAUCAGCCUUGGGGCGGAACAAAGACGAUAGAGGAGGAUCCAUUAGGUUUGAUUAGGAGGGAGAUUGCAGUGAUGAAGAAGCUGGAUCAUCCAAAUAUUAUCCACCUAUACGAAGCUAUAUCAGUACCUACCGCCGAUGCGCUGUUCCUUGUCUUGGAGUACUUGCCCGGUGGUACCCUCAUGCAAGUGAACAUCGGCGCGGACGACUCAAAUGCCAAAGCUCCAUUCGAGAUUUCGCAAACAAGAGAAUACUUCAGGCAACUAUGCUUGGGGCUGGAAUAUCUACAUGCAAAUGGAGUGAUUCAUCGUGAUGUCAAACCGGAUAACGUGCUUCUAUCUGCCAAUAAAGAGCUGGUCAAACUGUGUGAUUUCGGUGUGUCGGAAAUGUUCACGGCAGCGGAUGAUGAUAGGAUCAAAAAAUCAGGAGGAAGUCCAGCAUUCCUAAGUCCGGAAAGUUUCACAGCUCACCAGCAGGAUCUACACGGAAAGGCAGUGGAUAUAUGGGCACUAGGUGAGUGA